GUUUCUGACGACACGUCGCGUUUCUGCAGGAAACACACGGCCGGUGGCGGCUCUGUUUUGGUUCAGUCACGUGUGCUGAUCUGGCGUCAGUUCGGUUUGUUGUUUUCUGUUAUCUGUUUAAUUGCACUGCUGUGUAUGAUCUGGUUUUGCAGUGAUUUAACUAAUUGUUAUUAUUGCUAUUAUAACUGACAUGGGUACAAAUAUUUGAAAUAAUUAAAAUAAUACAAAAGACUGAAUGCCAAAAAACAUAUGAACAGCAUUUUGCUGGGACAUUAAAAUAAAUAUAAUUUCAGAAGGGCACAUACCUUUGCCCAGAUACUUUUAACAAACCAUGGAUAUUUCCCAAACCCUCCACGGAAUUACAUGGAAAUGAAUUGAGUAAUUUCCAUGUAAUCCUGCUAGCAAACCAACAAACAAACCCCUGAAACCCCAAUAACAAAACAACCUCUUUGGCAGAAGGUAACAUUUACAAAAGUAUUUCCACAUGAAAAAGGAACCUCUUUGAUCGAGGUAAAAAUACAAUACUCUGUGUCAACAUGACAAACGCUGAAUUACCCACUAAUAAUAAAGCCCAGUGCUGUUCCACCCCACUGGUUUCUUGCAGUGCACCUCAGUUACAGGGUGAUACUGGUGCUGAUUACAGGCCAGAUUCUCAAUUAAAGGGGGAUGUGAGGCAGGAGGAGGCUGGAUGCAGAGGAUGGAUGAAUCUGUGUGGGGCGGGGAGGAGGAGGAGGAGGAGCCCUUCCUCAAAAGCCAGCAGCAGUGUCGUGUGUAUCAGACCAGCCUGAGCAGAGCAGCAGCUGAUCAGCGAGCAGGGCGCAGCAUCAGGGAUUCAAGCAGCUGUAGCUACAGGAAGAGGCACCAGGAGGCUCGAGCCACACAGCCGCAGCCCAGAGGAGCGGUGCCUGUGGAUGGACAGCGCAGACACUCAUGGCAUCUCAGGAGCGUGCCGAUGCGAGAGACUCUGCCACUGCUGAUCUGAACCCAGGGAUGGAGGGCAGCGCUGUGCCCGGCAGUGGCAAAACAUGUCCCGUCCACACUCCAGGCGGGGAGGAGACCAAGAGGGGCUUCAGGAAAGGCAUCGGGAGGCACAAUGACUACGUGAAGAUCUCUGUGCCGGACUCCAAGGUCAAUCGUCUGCCCAUGGAGUGGUGGAAGACGGUGAUGGCCUUCUUCUACGCUUGCUUCAACUUGGUCCUCACCACCGUCGUCAUCACCGUGGUCCACGAGAGGGUCCCGCCCAAAGAGAGCAGCCCACCUCUUCCCGACAAGUUCUUUGACUAUAUCGACAGAGUUAAGUGGGCGUUCACAGUGACUGAGAUCAACGGCAUGGUGCUGCUCGCCAUCUGGAUGGUCCAGCUGUUCUUCUUCAGAUACAAGUCAAUAGCAAUCAGACGCUUCUUCUUCCUUAUUGGCACCCUGUACCUGUACCGCUGUGUCACCAUGUACAUCACCACCCUGCCUGUACCUGGCAUGCAUAUGACGUGUGCUCCUAAGCUCCAUGAUGACUCGCAGGCCAAAAUCCAACGAAUCCUGCGGCUGAUUUCCGGCGGAGGUCUCUCCAUCACAAACUCCCAUCUGUUGUGUGGAGACUUCCUGUACAGCGGUCACACUGUGAUGCUCACCCUCACCUACCUAUUCAUCAAGGAGUACUCGCCGCGGUCGUUCUGGUGGUACCAUCUGAUGUGCUGGCUGCUGAGUGCAGUGGGAGUGGUUUGCAUCUUGGUGGCUCACGAGCACUAUAGCGUGGAUGUGGUCGUGGCCUACUUCAUCACCUCCCGCCUGUUCUGGUGGUACCACACCAUGGCUAAUUUACAGACUGUGAAAUGUCUGCCCAACAACUACCUCACCAACACCUGGUGGAACCCUGUGUUCAACUUCCUGGAGAGGAACGUCCAAACCUCGGUGCCGUGCUCGUACAGCUGGCCCAUCACCUGGCCUCCCGCCUGCCUUAAGAACCCCUGCAAGAAGUACUCCAUGGUACAAAGUACCCGAGAAGAGUGACCUCACCCCCGAUACCACAACAGUGUUGCCUGAUCAUCCACCAGAGGCUGUACUCAUUCAUUCAGUCAACUUGACGGGAGCUUAAUGGUACCAAAUGCUUAGCAAAAGCAACAAAAAAUGUGCCUCGAAGGAAAAUCUAGUUUUCUCUUUGUCUCUCAGUGUUAUUUAUUUCGUCAGAUAAAGUUUUCCUUGUUUUUGUAAAUGACACUUGUAGCAGCUCCUGGUGAAUUUCACACACUUUGUCGCAGCUGACUCGUAUGGUUUGUUUUAGUAUUUGCCAGACUUUGAUUUUGGAUCUGCUCCUGUUACAUACUGUAUAUACUGAUGAGUUUACCUCAAUGUAAUAUCAGUGUGCUCAAGUCACAAGGUGCCUUAGUGUGUUAGAUGUCAGUAGAUGUAUCAAAACUGCCAUAUGAGUCAUUUUUUCAGCUUAUUGUUAUUAUUAUUAUUGUUAUUAUUAUUAUUAUUAUAUAACAAUUCAUUUUGUUGUCAUUUUAGUAUUGUUUUUUAUUGUCUCAGCAUUGUAUUAAAUGUAACCAUACCAAGGCUUCCUUUUAUUUUGGGAUUUAAUGAAAUUAUCUUUGUUAUCGACCCCAUGUGCAAGUUUCUGACGGCUUCAUGUUUAGUGCAACUCUUCAACCUCACACCAGUUACAAGAAAUAAAUGUUUUUGUAAAGUAGUUCCAAUGAUAGCCUACAUGAAAAUCAAGUCUUAGUUCAAUGCCUCUGUAUUAGAAUUACA